AUGGAUUUGGUCAACGAGCUAUGUGAUCUGCUGCAGUCACAUGCGAGUCGGGAUAAAGUAGUAGGCCUAACAUGCUACACCCUGAAGCUAUGGGGCUCCACUUCCAACAAACAGAGCCUGCUAACCGCGAGCGCUCGGCUUGCGUCCGCGCGGGCAACUCUGCGGCUCUUUGACGACCCCGCCGCUAUUAAAGUUCUUCAAACUUAUGGACUUGGGAGACAUGAAGGUCCAUGGUGGGGAGCUCUAGGAGUGACCAACAGCAUCUUCACGUUGGCGUAUCUACAAGCUGAGAAGCUAAUGUGGCUGGUGGACACAGGUGUUCUGAAGAUCAAAGAAGAAUAUGCUACGAAUAUUCGGACAGCGCAUAAGCUGUUUUGGUCACUGUCUGCUUUUGUUGGGUUUUUAAGAUCAAUUCGCACUCUCCACAUAGCGGCGCAAAAUCUAAAGACGAAGCGAACAAAAUGUGCCCCAGCGCGUUUCACACAAGCAACUCUUACGAGCACCAAGUUUGUACUGGACAUCAUACAUAUAGUUAACUGGUUACCGAAAGGCUAUUUGUGGGGAAGUGCCAUGAAGACGUCUCAUGCUGCAGCGGUGGCCACUGCUUCUGGGGUUAUGGCGUUUGUUAUACAUUAUAAUGGGAAGAGGUUGCUUCCUCGGUAGAAAUUUAAUGUAAUUGUCUGAUUAAUUGUGUAUUCCUAUGUAAAUACACCUAAAUUGAGAGUAAGUAAGAAAAGUUCAAAGCGCGUCGAAAUAUGUGAGCUAAC